AUGCACCUACUACUUUAAAUACUGAUGAUUCUUGUAAAUUAUUCAAAACUGAUGGAUCAUGUACAACAAAACUAAAUGGUGGAUGUAUCACUAGAACCACCUGUUAAGUUGCUACAAUAAUAAGCUGCAUGUAUUAAAAAUAGUACAAAUGAAGAUUGUUAUUGGACUGGAACUACAUGUGUGGAUAAAAUAUGUUCAAAUGCACCAACUACAUUAACAACUAAUUCAGUUUGUGCUGCAUUUUCAAAAGGAUGCAUAACUAAGUAAGGGGGAGGUUGUGUACUUAAUGGAGAUUGUUCUGCUGCUAAUAUUUCAACUGCAUGUGUUAAAAAACAUCAAUAAUUUCGAUUGUAUUUGGGGAUUUAACUUGCAAAGAAAAAACAUGUGUAAAUGCUCCAAAAUCUAAUACUUAAUCAUGAUUAAUGUACUUCUUAUUUAUCAACAUGUACAGUUUAAUCAGGAGGAGGAUGUCAGAAGAGAACAUGUGACAAUGCUCCUAUAACAUUGAAUACAAAUGAUGCAUGUGAAACAUAUUUACCUGCAAAUAAAUGUAUAACCAAAAAUGGAGGUGGAUGCACAAUAAACACCACUUGUUCACUUAUAUCAAUAGAAGCUGCAAUCUGGUGCUUUUGGCAUGUUGCAAGUGGAAGUUGCAAAGACAAAAUUUGUGUAAAUGCUCCCUCAUAGUAAUAAUAGUCACGAACUUUGUUAAUCUUUUUUGAAUACCUGUACUGUAAAUUCUACAAAUACAGGAUGUGUAGAAAAAACAUGUGA